AUGGAGACGAGGUCAAAUUGCAUCUUGAGGCCUACUGUUCUGAGUGUCACUCCUUCAUUUCCUUUCCUGACUCCCCGCAUUUGUCAUGCUCUAGCAUCAGUCCCUCAGAGUCCUGUCCCUCCGGUCGCUGUGUCCACCAACAGUUCAUCAUCCAGCGCGGCCAACAUGAACUUCGACCUCGAGACACUGACUGACCGCGAGCACAGAGUUCCGCGCCAAGGCGACGACGUGACUACCAGCAACUCCGAGGACUCGAGUCGAGCCUCGGCUCCCGGCGACCAAAGACUGUCGUCCACCGAGACAGCCCGCGACGUGGGCAAAAGUGGCUCUUCUGGUGGUCGGAGCCGACGUCACACCUCCAGACUCCUCACCUGCCAUGAUCUGCCCGUCAGUCUGCACUACCGCCUCCUCCUCGAGGCCGUCGUCCAGCGCGAUUGUCCAGCAAUCACGGGUCUCGUCGCCAACUGGCCCGACGACCAUCUCGACGUCCGCCGACUGAUACCCCCCGAGGAGGUCCCCUUGGCCCCGGGAUACCUGACCCGGUCCAUCCUCGUCGGCAGCCAGACUGCCCCGGUCGGUUGUACCGGCACAUCUGCCCCCUCCACCGCCUCGCUAGCCCCCUCGACGACUUCUCGGUCCACCCGGCAACACAAUCACAACCCGGCCAAUCAGCAGCAGGUCGGCUUGACGACCGGUUGGGUCGACGGAGGUUGGGGCGUGAUUGCGCAGACUCGAAUCAGAGGACCCAGUCUGCUGGACGCCUUCAUGAUCGGACUGCUCACCAGACAACCAGCCUGCAGAAUGACGUCUAUAGACUUUACCGGUUUUGAGGAAGGUCAGCAAGACCACUUCAUUAUGGGCUCUGGGAAGUUUGGGAAAUGCAUGAUACCAUCUAAUCUUUGA